AUGUCUCUCGUUGGCUUGAAGAAUCUCUUCUUUCACCAGACUGUAACGCCAAUUCCAGUCCGGUCAAAGACCAAUUAUGGCACUGCUUCUCACAACUGGAACAAUGCUACCCGGCAGCCAUUACUUGACCAGGACAACUCCCUAGAGACAGACUCUCUGCAACGAUCACUGUCUAGAGACUCGGACACCGAUGUUGAAUCGCAACAGGAUUCCAGAACGGAGAAGGUCAACCGUGGGAAAGGGUUCAGGAUCGAUGCUAGAGUUAUCUCGGAUGCUACUAUUGGCUUGUCCGAUGGGUUGACAGUUCCUUUUGCAUUGACUGCUGGACUCUCCGCGUUGGGAAAUACAAAAGUCGUUAUCUAUGGAGGAUUCGCAGAGUUGAUUGCUGGAGCGAUUUCGAUGGGACUGGGAGGAUACCUUGGAGCGAAGAGCGAAGCUGCUUCAUACCAUGCACAAAGAGAAGAAACCCAACAGCUAGUUAAUACCAACCCACAAGCCGUCGUUCGCGACAUUGCGGAAGUCUUCGAGCCUUUCGAGCUACCCAAAACCACAGUCCAGGACCUCACAGAACAUCUGGCAGACUCGCCGCACUUGGUAGACUUCGUCAUGAAAUUCCAGCACUGUGAGGAACCACCAGCCUCUUCCCGCGCUCUUACUUCCGCCCUCACGAUUGCUCUCGCAUAUUUCCUUGGUGGGCUCCUCCCUCUCAUCCCAUACUUCUUCGUUGGUGCCAACGAGGUCUAUGAAGGUCUGUAUAUCUCGAUUGGCGUCAUGGUGGUCGCUUUAUACGUGUUCGGAUACGUCAAGACUUGCGUGGUAGUCGGAUGGGACGGCGGGAAGAAUAUUCGGUCGGGGUGCUGGGGUGGAUUGCAGAUGGUCAUUGUGGGUGGAGCUGCGGCGGGAUCUGCAAUGGGGUUGGUGCACCUCUUCAGUCAUGAUGAGGGCGGUGUUACUAAAUCGUAG